UCAUUCCAGGAUCAGUUCAGUUGCGUCUCAGUAGGUUUUGUUCAGACUGCAGAAUCUUCAUCUUCAACUCUUUGGACUGUUUGAACAAACUAUGAAGGUGUGUGUGUGAGCUGAUGUGGACGUGAAUUCAGCAGAAUGGACCAGUGUGAGGACGGAGAGGACGGAGUCCCUCCCUCUAAAACCUCUCUGUGUGGGGAACAUGAGAGUCGGAGCAAAGCUCAGAGGAAUCAACCUGGACCUGGACCUGGACCUGGACCUGGACCAGGACCAGGACCUGGACCUGGACCAGGACCUGGUCCCAGUUGUGUGUCCUUGAAGAGCGACCGGUCAAAGGACUGGUUAAUUAACUUUAGAGGAGAGCAAGGUUCUGCUGGAAAGAGGAUCCAUCAGAAAGGAGACUCUCUUGAACAUGAACCCAGCUGUUUGUCCUUGAAGAGCGACGACUCAAAGGGCUGGUUAGUUAACUUUAAAGGAGACCAACGUUCUCCUUCAGAGAGAGUGGACCAGCAGAUCUCAGAGUCCCCCAGCGGUCCGUCUGUCCAGCAGCACCAGACCCAGCUGGACUCCAUAUUUCAGCUGCUGGAGGACAACAUUGUCCUGUUUGUGAAGGACGAGCUGAAGAAGAUCCAGAAGGGUCUGAGUCCAGAUUACCCAGAAUCCGUAGAGCAUGUGUUGCAGGGUGAGGAUGAAGAGCAGAGGAGCAGAGCUGCGUUUGUGAAGAUCACAGUGAACUUCCUGAGGAGAAUGAAGCAGGAGGAGCUGGCUGAGCGUCUGCAGAGCAGUUCUUUUGCUGAAGUUUGUAAAAAGCGGCUGAAGUCUAAGCUGAAGGAGAAGUACCAGUGUGUUUCUGAAGGGAUUGUUAAAGCAGGAAACCCAAUCCUUCUGGAGCAGAUCUACACGGAGCUCUACAUCACAGAGGGAGGGACCGGAGAGGUCAACAAAGAACAUGAAGUCAGACAGAUUGAAGCAGCUUCCAGGAAACCAGACGGAGCAGAAACAGCCAUCAGACAGGAAGACAUCUUUAAACCCCCACCUGGAAGAGGAGGACCAGUCAGAACGGUGAUGACGAAGGGAGUGGCCGGCAUCGGGAAAACAGUCCUAACACAGAAGUUCAGUCUGGACUGGGCUGAAGGCAGAACCAACCAGGGCAUCCAGUUCCUGCUUCCAUUCACCUUCAGACAGCUGAAUGGGCUGAAAGAGAGAAAGUUCAGCUUGGUGGAACUAGUUCAUCACUUCUUCUCUGAAACCAGAGAAAUCUGCUGCUUUGAAGAGUUCCAGGUCGUGUUCAUCUUUGACGGUCUGGAUGAGAGUCGACUUCCUCUGGACUUCCACAACAAUAAGGACCUGACUGAUGUUACAGAGUCCACCUCACUGGAUGUGCUGCUGACAAACCUCAUCAGGGGGAACCUGCUUCCUUCUGCUCGUCUCUGGAUCACCACACGACCCGCAGCAGCCAAUCAGAUCCCUCCUGAGUGUGUUGACAUGGUGACAGAAGUCAGAGGGUUCACUGACACACAGAAGGAGGAAUACUUCAGGAAGAGGUUCAGAGAUAAGAAGCAGACCAAAAUCAUCUCCCACAUCAAGACAUCACGGAGCCUCCACAUCAUGUGCCACAUCCCAGUGUUCUGCUGGAUCACUGCUACGGUCCUGGAGAACGUCCUGGAGAACGUCCUGGAAACCAGAGAGGGAGAGAGGCUGCCCAAGACCCUGACUGAGAUGUACAUCCACUUCCUGGUGGUCCAGGCCAAACUGAAGAAGGCCAAGUAUGAUGGAGGAGCUGAGACGGAUCCACACUGGAGUCCGGAGAGCAGGAAGAUGGUGGAGUCUCUGGGAAAACUGGCUUUUGAGCAGCUGCAGAAAGGAAACCUGAUCUUCUAUGAAUCAGACCUGAGAGAGUGUGGCAUCGAUGUCAGAGAGGCUUCAGUGUACUCAGGAGUGUUCACCCAGAUCUUUAGAGAGGAGAGAGGCCUGUACCAGGACCAGGUCUUCUGCUUCAUCCAUCUGAGUGUUCAGGAGUUUCUGGCUGCUCUUCAUGUCCAUCUGACCUUCAUCAAGUCUGGAGUCAACCUGCUGGAGGAACAAAGAAACACAAAGACGGACCUCUAUCAGAGUGCUGUGGACAAGGCCUUACAGAGUCCCAACGGACACCUGGACUUGUUCCUGCGCUUCCUCCUGGGUCUUUCACUGGAGACCAAUCAGAACCUCCUACGAGGUCUGAUGACAUCAAACCAAAGAAGUUCACAGAACAAUCAGGAAACAGUUGAAUACAUCAAGAAGAAGAUCAGUGAGGAUCUGUCUGCAGAGAGAAGCAUCAACCUGUUCCACUGUCUGAGUGAACUGAACGAUCGGUCUCUGGUGGAGGAGGUCCAACAGUCCCUAGGGUCAGGACCUCUCUCCACAGAUAAACUGUCUCCUGCUCAGUGGUCGGCUCUGGCCUUCGUCUUACUGUCAUCAGGAGAAGAUCUGGAGGAGUUUGACCUAAAGAAGUUCUCAGCUUCAGAGGAGGUUCUACGGAGGCUGCUGCCGGUGGUCAAAGCCUCCAAGAAAGUUGUGUUGAGUGAUUGUAACCUCUCAGGGAACAUCUGUCCACUUCUGUCCUCAGUUCUCAGCUCUCAGUCCUCCAGUCUGACAGAACUGGACCUGAGUCUCAACGACCUGCAGGAUUCUGGACUGAAGAAGCUGUGUCCUGGACUGGAGAGUCCACACUGUCACCUGGAGUCUCUCAGGUUGGAGCACUGCGGUCUGUCAGAGAUCAGCUGUUUUUCUCUGGUCUCAGCUCUGAAGUCCAACCCCUCCCAUCUGAAACUUCUGGACCUGAGCAGGAACCAGAACCUGCAGGAUUCAGGAGUGAAACAUCUGAGUGGAUUUCUGGAGAGUCCAGACUGCAAACUGGAGACUCUGAGAUUGAUGGGCUGCAGUCUGUCAGAGAUCAGCUGUUCUUCUCUGGUCUCAGCUCUGAAGUCCAACCCCUCCCAUCUGAAACUUCUGGACCUGAGUGUGAACGACCUGCAGGAUUCAGGAAUGAAACAUCUGAGUGGAUUUCUGGAGAGUCCAGACUGCAGACUGGAGACUCUGAGGUUGGUGUACUGCAGUUUGUCAGAGAUCAGCUGUUCUUCUCUGGUCUCAGCUCUGAAGUCCAACCCCUCCCAUCUGAAACAUCUGGACCUGAGUAACAACAACCUGCAGGAUUCAGGAGUGAAACAUCUGAGUGGAUUUCUGGAGAGUCCAGACUGCAGACUGGAGGAUCUGGGGUUGAGGUACUGCAGUUUGUCAGAGAUCAGCUGUUCUUCUCUGGUCUCAGCUCUGAAGUCCAACCCCUCCCAUCUGAAACAUCUGGACCUGAGUGGGAACACGAACCUGCAGGAUUCAGGAGUGAAACAUCUGAGUGGAUUUCUGGAGAGUCCAGACUGCAGACUGGAGACUCUGAGAUUGUGGAGGUGCGGUCUGUCAGAUAUCAGCUGUUCUUCUCUGGUCUCAGCUCUGAAGUCCAACCCCUCCCAUCUGAAACAUCUGGAACUCCUAUUCAACAACCUGCAAGAUGCAGAUGUGAAGCAGCUUUCUGAUCUGGUGCAGAUUCUAAACUACAAGCUGUAGACUCUAAGGUCAUAUAUGAACAGAGUGAUUAUAUAAUUACAUUUUCUAAUAUUUGAUUUAACUGUAUGUUGUAUGUACGCUGUUUUUAAUAUCAGUCCGCAAGGUUCUUCAAUUCAAUUUAAUUCAACUUUAUUUAUAUAGAGUCUAAUACAACAGAUGUUGUCUCUAGACGCUUUUCAGAGAUCCAGAACAUGAACAUAAACAUAAACCCCCGAGCAGUUAUUACAUAAACAAUGGCAGGUAAAAACUCCCCUAGUGGGAGAAAAACCUUAAGCCAAACAGUGGCAAGGAAAAACUCCCCUUUAGGAGGAAGAAACCUUGAGCAGGACCAGGCUCAUAAGGGGGGACCCUCCUGCUGAAGGCCAGACUGGGGGAGUCAGGGACGGCAACAGCACAGCAGGCAGGUGGAAGCAGCAACAGGAUGAUCAGAUGGGGGGGCGUCAGCAGCACACAGCAGACAUCCACGUGGGCAGGUGGAAGCAGCAAUGGGGGGGACGCAGGCCAGAACGCAGCUCCCGAGGCUCCGGCCUGCAAACAUGCACAAAAGAGAAAAAAGGGGGGCCGGCACAAGAAACUACAGGAGUGAUGGACAAAAAUGAUAGCUAUGAGAUAUUUAUAAAUUCUUGCUUAAUAAUAAUAAUGACAGCAGCUUUCCCAUUGGUUACGUAUAAAUCAUGUGAUGUGUAUUUUGUUUUGUGAAGCUAUGGAACUGAGGGAGCACACUAGUUUUGACCGUGCUUGCAUGAUAAUAUUAUUUUGUCGUAUUAUCGCACAGUUUUUGUUUUUUGUAAUUGAAAGAAAGGUUUCUCAAUAAACUUUUGAAAUAAGAACACGGACUGUGACGUUUCAUUGAAGUACGCGUCAGCUACAUGCUUGAGAACUAAAGCUUAGUGUGCUUUACCAGAAAUUAGACAGAGACACUUACACAGAGGUAAUAUAUAUAAAAACUCAUUAUUUUAUGUAUUGUGUUCAUUUAAUUUAAGGGUUAAUGCAAAUUAACAUACCACCUCUAUAAAAGUAGAUGGUUAUAUUUUAUAUGGUCUAUUCUAAAGCCUGAAUUAUGGUUCUGCGUUACACCAACGCAGAGCACAUGCCGUCGCCGUGACGCCGUCGUGAACGCCGUCACUCCAUUUCUCCGUGGUGCAGUACCCCGCGCGACCGCUACUUAGCGAUCUUUUCCUGAAUGGUUUAUACAACUUUUAAGGUCAUAUGGAAUCCAAGACAUAAGGAAAACUAUUGUGUAAAAAAACAAAAACAAAAAAAAUCACACAUACAUGAAGAAAAGAGGCUGAAAGUUCACGACUGCUUCACGAACCGGAAACCGGAAAUGCGUUGCUACCAAGCGAACCAUUCACAGCUCUCCGUCUGCUUUGGGUCUGCGUCGCCUCCAUGCGUAGUUACAAUUUUUGGGAGGUUUUGAUUUGAUUUUAUUUGGAUCCCAAUAGCUGAUGUAGUUUACAUCAACUACUCUUCCUGGGGUCCGAUCAAUAAAACAAUAAAAUAAUAUGAUAAAAAUAAAAAAUAAGAACACAGUUCAGAAAUAACAAACAUCACAAAAAGAUUUACAUAGACAACGUACAGUCUAUAAAAGUACCAGCCAUUAGCAAAUCAGCAAAUUUAGCAAAUCAUUUAGCAAGUAAAUAGCAGCACUAUGGCUCCGUGCCGGUUUCAUGGCUCCGUGCCGGUUUGGAUGGCUCCGUGCCGGUUUCGUGCUUUGUUUGUGGUUUUUUGUUGCAGAUUUCCAGUGCUUGACGUGUGUCUCCGUGUGUUCCUGCUUCCUGGAUUGGCAGUGGAUGUCGUCACCCCCUC